UCUUCCUCGCAGUUUCCUCCCGCGCCCGCGGUCCACCACGCCACGGUCGUCGUCUUCCUCCCCCCGCACCACCACCACCACUUCCUCCAGCCGCGUGUCACCGCCACUAUUUAUACCCGAACAAAGAUCAUCACCAGGAAGUUUCACGGUUACUACCACGGCUGAGGGGCGCACCACCUUAACCACCAAUCACCCAGCUCCCGCGCACCGAGCUAGAGGAGCAGCAGCUAGGACCAGCGCCGAGGAGAACCCCGGGUCCCACCGCAGCCGACCGCCGGGAAGGAGGAGGAGGAGGAGCUAGGGACGGAAGGAUGCUUCCGGGCGUGGAUCUUGCGCGGCGGCGGCGCGUGCGCUACCGCGGCGACGCCGCGUCCUCGGGCGCGGGGGAGCACCACCACCACCUCCUCCACGCGGGCGCCCACCGCGCGGGGGCCGCGGCCGUGGCGGGGCCCGCGCUGGCGGCGCGCGCCCGGCUCGAGGAGAAGCUGCGCGGCGCGGCGCUGCCGCUGCCGCUGCCGCUGCCGCCGCCGGCGUCGCCGUGCCCGUCCAGGUGGAGCCGGUUGAUGGGCGAGCGGGAGGGGAGAGCGACCUCCGGCGGUCGUCGGAGCCACCAAGACCACCAGCAGCAGGCCGAGCUCGGCGGGGCACCGCCGCCGGCCCCGACCUCCGCGGCGCCGUCGGGCGGCGGCGGCGGUGACCGGCGGCGCGCCGAGCUGACGCGGACGCUGUCGAUGGUGGACGUGUGCGCGGUGUGCCUGGACGAGGUCCGGGAGCGGCGGCAGCGGGUGACGCGGCUGCCCUGCUCGCACAAGUACCACUCCGAGUGCGUCCUCCCCUGGCUCGCCAUCCACCCGGACUGCCCCUGCUGCCGGGCGCUCGUGCCGGCCGCCGCCGACGCCCUCGCCGCCUAGCGCCGCCGCCGCCGCUGCUGCUGACGUGGACCUGUUCUGCUCCGGCCCUCCGGUGACGUGGCACGUGGCACGUGGCACGUGGCAGUCCAGCUCUGCUUGAGGCUGCAGCUAUACUGCAAGUCUGCAACUGACAGGAGCUCUCUCUCUCUUUUUUUUGGUUGGUUUGUUUUAGACUGCAACUGAAAGUUUGUUUUUUUUGUUUUUUUUUGAAAAGCAACUGAAAGUUUGUAACAUAGAGAACUGUAGAUGCAGGGUGUACAGUGGUUGGAGUAUUGGCAGAUGAGCUUCUGAAUCCUGAUGCUGUGUCUCUGUUCAAUUCCAUGUUUUUUGCAGGAGCUGUGGUAUGUGUUCGAAUUUCUGGGAAUAGUUAGUUUUGACACGUCAGCUAGUAGGGACACAUGUAAAAUAGUGGAAGAAAUUAGUGGGUACAUUUGAAAUUGAGAUUUCCUCACUAGUACGAACAAAAUUUCCUAUCUGCCGAAAUUUGAACUUGGCAGUGAAAUUUUUGGAAUUUGUUCGUUCA